GAACCAAGCAUCUCAUGGAUACCCCAGCUUUCUAAUCUACGAUCGGCGUUAUCAUCACAUGACAGUCUUAUCGCAGAGCUGGUUCUUUGUCGCCCAGCUGUUGGACUAAAUCCGCUGUCCAGAAUCCCCAGUCAAGGGUUCAACAAGCUAACAGACAUAUUCAUUCCUUACUCACUUCAACACUCAUUGAAUUCCCAACGGCUUCGGCAACAUCACCAUGAACUCACGCCCCCAUUGAUUCACCUAGCACCAUGAAUUCCGUCGAUGCUUCCGAGCAUUACGAGCUCGGCGCGACAGAUCUCGCACCCUCUCUUCUCACCGUCGUCCUUGAUACGAACCCGCAUGCCUGGGCAGCGCUGGAAAACUCGCUCCCACUUUCAAAAGCCGUCGCCAACAUCCUCGUCUUCAUCAACGCUCACCUCGCUUGUAACUACGCAAACGAGGUCGCCGUGGUCGCUUCCCACACUACAAAGGCAACAUGGCUAUAUCCAGUCCAUAAUGGCACCCCCUCGCCAGCAUCCGCAGAUCUAGACGGAGACGUUUCAAUGAAUGGAGACAACGGAGCAGCAACACAGACCAACAAAUACCGCCCAUUCCGCAUGGUGGAGGAGCAAGUCACGAGGAAACUGAAAGAACUCAUGGACUCGACAACCAGCGAUGAUCUCCGCGGUAAUACAUCAACCAUGCUCGCCGGUGCUCUGACAUUAGCACUGAGCAAUAUAAACCGUCGAACCAUCGCCUGGGCCGAGGAACAUGGUGGCGCAGACUUGGAAGACGCCGCUGGCGAUGGCGGCCGCGGGGCCGCAGGUGCAGCAACAGGAACCGGACCCGGCCGGUACUCCGCUUCAAACGACGACGAGCGCCUCCAAAGCCGAAUUCUGAUCGUCUCCGUUAGCGGGUCCAGCGACUCGGCACACCAAUACAUUCCCGUUAUGAACAGUAUCUUCGCCUGCCAGCGCCUCCACAUCCCCAUCGACGUGUGUAAACUCAGUGGCGAUGCGGUGUUCCUACAACAGGCCUGCGACGCUACCAAGGGAGUGUACAUGGCUCUCUCCGAGCCGCGCGGGCUCCUGCAGUAUCUGAUGAUGGCGUUUUUGCCGGACCAGCGCUCACGCAGACACCUGGUUCUUCCGACACGAGUAGAUGUGGAUUUCCGCGCGGCUUGCUUUUGUCACCGGCGGGUGGUGGAUAUUGGUUACGUCUGCUCCAUCUGUCUCAGUAUCUUCUGUGAACCACCUCCUGGAAAUGAGUGUUUGACCUGCGGUACUCAGCUAGACGUGGGUGACUUUGGCUCCAAGCCGGCUCUUAUUCCCAGAAAGAAGAAAAAGAAAAAGCGAGCUAAUGGGACUUCAACGGUUGGGACUCCCAUGUCAACGGGGACCCCGACGCCAGGCCCUGGAUGAUAAAAAAAAACUGGAAGUAUCUAGAAUCUAAAGAAAGAAAAACCGAAAUAAUUUAGAUAGCUGCCAUUCUCGCUGGACUCGAGAUGCCAAACAUACGCUGCAAUACGACAACGAGAAUUUGCCUGAGCAGAUGAAUCGAAUUUUCUAGGGUAUCGAGGAAAUCAAAGCCAAAUUGACCUAAUGCCCAGAGCCCCUAAACUUGAUCCACAAACACACUAACCACCAGCCAAUGUAUUCACUGCCUGCAAAGGGAAGGCGAAACGAGAACGGACCAGAACAUAAGCAUGGCAAAGAAAGGACAAUGCCACCUGUGCAAAAGGGUCAAUCCUGGUCACUAUGCAGGAAGAAAAUGCCGAGAACUCGUAGAGGCCGAAACGCAAAGACAGAUUCAAUGGGAUGAAGGGCGGGCAAUAGUCAGAUCUGCUAGGCAAUUGUAAAAGCACUGAAUGAAGCGGACGUAUUCAAGAGACCCCCCGUAGCAUAGGAUCCAGCAGGCAUGCUUUUGAGGAUUGACUUCUCAAGCACUCUAGGAGUCCCUAUCCCCCUUUCGCUUCCUCUUCUUGUACUCUCCACUGUCCGUCGAUCUGGUUGAUAGUGAAGGGACAGUAUUAGUAGCCACAGCGAAAGGGAAACGUAGCGCAGACAUAUCCUACUUUGGAGGUCGAAUCAUGACUCCUCCCUGGGCGACAGCACCACGACGAGGGCUGCGAGACAUGAGACAAGAGGGCGCUUGGUCGUAACAGG